AUGCCGCCCAUCGACAACGAGAUCAACGGCAAGCUGGCCCUCGUGACCGGCGCCUCAGGAGGCAUCGGCAAAGCCUGCGCAACAGACCUCUGGUCCCAGGGCGCCCACCUCGCCCUGACCUACACCACCAACCUCGCCUCCGUGACGCGCCUCGUGGCCGCCCUGCGCGCCGCGUCCCCCGACCGGCCGGCGUCCCACGUCUCCGUGCACGCCCUCGACCUCGCCUCGCAGGCCAGCAUCGAGGCCCUCUUCGCCGCCCUGUCCGCCCACCACGGCCGCCCGGCGCCCGACAUACUCGUCUCUAACGCCGGCACCGCCGGCUUUGGCAACCGCGCGAACCCCCGCCUCGAGGCCAUCUCGCUCGACGAGUUCGACUACACCAUCGCCAUCAACCUGCGCGCCGCCUUUCUCCUCGCCAAGCUCACCGUGCCGCACAUGAAGGCCCGCCGCUGGGGCCGCAUCGUCUACGUCUCCUCCAUCUCGGCCAUCGGCGGCGGCAUCAACGGCUGCCACUACGCCGCCAGCAAGGCCGGCCUCACCGGCCUCAUGAAGAACCUCGCCGCCAAGCACGCCAACGACGGCAUCACCGUCAACGACGUCGCCCCCGCCAUGAUCGGCGACACCGGCAUGAUCCCCGACGAGAAGAGGGUCGAGGGCACCCCCGGCGAUGUCAAGAACAUUCCCGUCGGCCGCCUGGGCACGCCUCAGGAGUGUGCCAAUGUCGUCACCAUGCUGUGCAGAACAGGCUACAUGACGGGUCAGAGCAUCUUGUUGAGUGGAGGGCUCAAAUAA